GUCCCUUGAACAUCCUUUGGCAGGACAAAGCACCUCACAAGGUGAUAGAAUAUUUUGGUCUCAAGUGUUUGGAAGACAAUUUGGAAGUGCAAGUGGAAGUGGAGGUGAAUCGGUUGGAAGAUUUUACGAGGUCCGAGUGGCUCUUGAUGUCAACCGAACUUGGCAACGCUUCAGGUUUUAACCGUCAAUGUGACUCACUGUGCAAAGUGUCGCCAUUCUUUUAGGCGGAAAACAUGUCCUCACUGUCUUUCCUGGUCCUUGGUUCGCUCCUGCAGGCGUGCAACUUGGCUGUGGCACAAAAUCCACAAGGAUCGGACCUGCGAUGUAGCCAUCCAGCUGUACCCGUUAACGCCAAAGUUUCCUUGUCCACUGAAACCUUGGAUCCUGGGACUCUCGCCGCUUACAACUGCGAUGCUGGCUACGAGUUGUUCGGUCAAUCAACGCUGACUUGCACCAACAGAGGAAAAUGGCAAGGAGAACUACCGUUCUGUGGAACAAACGUGGCCUUUCGAAAGCCCGCGAACCAAUCGACGACCGUUAGAGGAGGCGAUGCUGCCCAUGGAAAUGACGGUGACGUCGGUACCGAGCACGAUGGACGCAGGUGCACCGAGACACAGAAGGAGCACAGCCCCUGGUGGAGGGUGGAGCUGAUGAAGGACUACGCCGUAAAGGUGGUGAGGGUCACCACCAGAGGUUGCUGUGGCCACCAGCCUCUCAAGGACCUCGAAAUCCGGGUUGGAAACAGCAGCACGGAACUACAGAGGAACCCGUUGUGCGCUUGGUUCCCCGGGACGAUAGAAGAGGGUGUCACCAAGACUCUAACUUGCGCGAGAGCCCUGAUCGGUCAAUACGUCUUCCUGCAGCUGGUCGGGGUCGAGGGAAGCCUUAGCCUGUGCGAGGUUGAGGUGUUCGCAACUGACGAAUUCUCCGUCGACAGAUGCGCCAGCGCUGGAACACCCGCCGAUACUGACCUUGCAGCAUUCAAUUCGACCUGCUAUGAGUUCGUCGUUACCAAAGGAGGAUCCUUUCAUGAUGCCAGGAACUACUGUCAGGCUCGUGGUGGUGACCUGGUGCACGGAUUCAUGGGCGCCUCGUCAAAGUUCAUACUAAACAACCUCGAGCGGAGGAAGAACAAGCUGAAGACUCAGUUGGUGUGGAUUGGGGCUGAAAAGGAGCCGCAGAUAACUGCGAGAACGUGGCGAUGGGUGGAUGGCGAAGUCGUGCAAAGCCCAGCCUGGGGCAAAGACCAACCGAAUAACUAUAACGGGGAGCAGAACUGCGUGGUCCUUGACGGCGGGAGGGCUUGGCUGUGGAACGACGUUGGGUGUAACCUGGACUAUCUUCACUGGAUUUGUCAGAGCAAACCAAGGAUGUGCGGCAGUCCCGACAAGGCAGAAAACACGCAAAUAACAGGAAACGAGAGAUCAGUGGGAUCGACCAUCGAGUACGAGUGUCCCGAAGGAUUUAUGCUCGUUGGUUCGCGUAUCAGGACGUGUGCAGAGUCUGGAUUCUGGAGCGAGAUCGCACCGAAUUGCAGAUUCGUGGACUGUGGUCCACUCCCAGGUCUGGACCACGGCUCUGUGACUCUUGUGAACGGCAGAACAACCCACGGAGCCUUGGCCGAGUACAGUUGCAGUGACAACUACACUUUAGUGGGCGACGUGAAACGAGAAUGCGGUGACGCUGCCUUGUGGACCGGAAGUCAGCCGCAAUGCAUGUUCGACUGGUGCCCAGAGCCACCAAAAAUCAAUGGAGGACUUGUCACAGCGUCAGGAAGACGCGCUGGAUCGACGGCGACUUACUCGUGUCAAAACGGAUUUAUCUUGUUCGGUGACAACGUCCUGGAGUGCGACAUGGGCGGUAAAUGGUCCGGCAAAACACCUCAGUGUCGAUUCGUGGACUGCGGAGCUCCCGCACAGAUCGAAUCGGGCACAGUGACGCUGAUGAACGGUACGACGACGGUGGGCAGCCUAUUGGAAUACACCUGCCCUGCGGACUACUGGCUCAUUGGAGAGGCGAGGCACAUCUGUACUAGAGAUGGUAAAUGGAGUGACGAGACUCCAUCUUGCGAACUAAUAACAUGCGAGGAACCCGAAGUCCCGACUGGCAGCUACGUCGUUGGAUACGACCUGAACGUCCACAGCGUGAUCGAAUACAACUGCGAGACGGGUUACCUGAUGCACGGAGAUGCUCGUCGCACAUGUGGCAAGGAUGGAGAUUGGACUGGAGAUGUUCCUGCUUGCGAAUAUGUGGACUGCGGUAAAGUCCAGCCAAUUCUUUACGGGGCGGUUGAAUACGCCAAUGGAACGACACACCUUGGAAGUGAGAUUACGUACUCAUGCACGCGAAACUAUCGUCUGAAUGGUGUCCCGAGGAGAUACUGCCUCGAUAAUGGUCAGUGGAGUGAUGCGACGCCAAAAUGCGAGGAAGUCCGUUGUCCUGAGCCCGUUCUUGCGGAGCAUGGAAUUCUCUCAGUUACCGGAAACGACCGAAUGUACGGAAGGACAUUGGUCAGGACCGGAACCAUCGAGAACUCCAACACCGGUGCUACUUCCUACAAAAUAGGCGCAUUGGCCAAGUACAGAUGUGAACGAGGUUAUAAAGUCGUCGGGGAACCACUUUCCACAUGCGAAGACAACGGACGGUGGAGCGGCGAGGUUCCCCAGUGUGUUUACGUUGACUGCGGUAAGCCUGACGAGAUUCAGCAUGGACGCUACACGCUAACAUCGAAUGCUUCGUACUACGGAGCCGCGGCUUUGUAUGAGUGUGACGGCAACUUCGAGCUGGACGGAUUCGCGCGAAGACUUUGUCUCGAGAAUGCUACGUGGAGUAGUGAUACUCCCGUCUGUCGAGAAAUCAGAUGCAUGGAUCCCGAUCGAACUGGCGUCCUCUCAACCCAAGUGUCGACCCACAGUGUCGGCGGUGUCGCCCACUACGCAUGUCCUCGAGGUUACUACAUGGAGGGUAACGAUACCCGAAUUUGUCUGCAGAACAGUUCAUGGAGUGGCAGCAUCCCCGCUUGCUUCUCUGUCGACUGCAAACACCCGGGACCGAUAGACAACGGUAGAGUAAUAGUCGUCAACGGGUCCACGGUCUAUGGUGGAGCAGCUGAAUACCACUGUCUACCGCAGUUCGAACGCGUCGGACCCUUCCUCAGGAAGUGCCUUGAUACCGGACUCUGGAGUGGUCAGGAACCAACGUGCGAAUUGGUGACGAACGACGUUGCUGAAGCCCAGGGGGUGGGAACCAGCGUUGGCAUUGGCGCCGGAGUCAUUCUCUUCAUCCUUUUGAUACUCGGUCUGAUUUAUCUGAGAUUACGGAAGGCAACUCCGGUAAAAAAUACCGAGAAUGUCCAAGCAGCGGACCGUAAAGAGGACCAAAACGCUGCUGUGAUGUCGUACGCGAGCCUUAAUGACGGGACGCCGAAUACGGGGUACGAAAACGUCCCCGAGGAAGGACUGUAUGACAGUCCUUACAGCAUUGGCGGUAGCACGUACGGGUACGGCGGGAGUAACGGCGGAAGGGGGUACGAUAACAGGCAUUACGAGGUUGAACCGACCCCGAGGAACGGUAUCACGAUAAACGGGGUAUCAGUGCGGUAGGAAUAACCUCCUAUCCCACAUCAUGACCUUAACAUUUGAGAUUGCAUGAGCGUUGAGGAGAAUCGCGUCGUUGCAUAGGAAAUUUGUUUGCCAUCCUUCGAUGGAAAGUUUGCUUGUUCAAAAAUACCGCGGCGUCGGUGAGAGAAAUACGAUUGGCUGCAGCACUCCUGAUGCAAAUUAUUGCAUGUGGCGCCAUCUCGCAGAUUCCUGGAAAAUUUAUAACUAGAACGGUAAAGAACCUACGAAACUAAUGAUAUAAGGAUAAUUCAAGCUCGUUAAUGUUUCUCCUCGUAUUCUAACUGAGAAAAAGAAGUUAAAAUAUGAUAGAAACCUUUAUGUUUGUAUUGAGAAAGGACGAAGAGUAUAAAUAUUGGGAGAAAAUAUGUUUCUCAAAAUAAUGCAACGACCGCAAUCUUGAUACAGUUU